AUUGGGAGUUCUUCCUGUGGGCUGGAGCCUCUUUAGUUAGGGAGGCGGCGGCGGAGGGGUGUGUUUGUGUGUUGGAGAGGGGCUCCCCAGGCUAGGAUAAGGGGCUCAAGGGUGGUGCGUGUGUGGGGCUGUAAGGGUGCGCGUCCCCCAGACCCCCUUUUAAAACAGAGCUACUGGUUAACCCCUUUUCUGCCAGUCUCCAUCUCUCCCCCCUCCUCCUUCCACUAUGGAGUCUGACACCCCCCUCUGGCAGCUGGGGGCUGAACCCCUCUCUUUCCCCCUCUCCAAAAGCCGGUAAGAAAUUGGAUCUUGCAGCAAUGACCUCUGCUGGACCAUUGACUCUCAGCUAGUACUGUGAUCGUGAGGGGCCGUGGUCUCUUGGGAAAGCUACUAAGAAUUUUGGGUUACGUCUUGCUGGAGGAUUUGGAUUGGCACUGAUUUGCCAGCGGGGACGUUGUGCUGGAUCUGGGGGAACCAUGGAGUUUGCUGAGUUGAUCAAGACCCCGCGGGCUGACAAUGUGGUCCUUCACCGUCCCUUCUAUCCAGCAGUAGAGGGGACGCUGUGCUUGACGGGGCAUCACCUUAUCUUCUCCUCACGGCGGCAAGACAACAUGGAAGAACUGUGGCUUCUGCAUUCCAACAUCGAUUCCAUUGAAAAACGUUUUAUUGGCUCCUUGGGAACCAUCAUUAUCAAAUGCAAAGACCUGCGGAUUAUUCAGCUUGACGUCCCUGGCAUGGAGGAGUCUUUGAACAUAGCUGGCUCCAUUGAGGCACUGUCCACCUUGGAUUCCAUCACCCUGAUGUACCCUUUCUUUUACCGGCCCAUGUUUGAAGUCAUCGAGGACGGCUGGCACUCCUUCUUGCCCGAGCGCGAAUUUGAGCUUCUCAGUUCAGUCACAAACGAAUGGCGGCUGAGCUACAUCAACAAAGAUUUCUCCGUCUGCCCUUCUUACCCACCCAUUGUCACCGUCCCCAAGUCAAUCGACGACGAAUCUCUCUGGAAGGUUUCCACGUUUCGCCACGGUGGGCGCUUCCCGGUCCUCAGUUAUUACCACAAGAAAAAUGGGAUGGUGAUGAUGCGCAGCAGCCAGCCGCUGACGGGUACAAAUGGAAAGCGCUGCAAGGAGGAUGAGAAGCUCAUCAACGCCACCCUGAGGGCCGGCAAGCGGGGCUACAUCAUCGACACCCGCUCUCUCAAUGUAGCGCAGCAAGCCCGGGCGAAAGGUGGAGGCUUUGAGCAGGAGGCGCACUAUCCUCAAUGGCGAAGGAUCCACAAGUCCAUCGAGAGGUACAAUAUUCUGCAGGAGAGUCUCAUCAAGCUUGUGGAGGCCUGCAAUGACCAGUCGCAUAACAUGGACCGCUGGCUGAGCAAGCUGGAGGCUUCCAAUUGGCUGACGCACAUCAAGGAGAUCCUAACCACCGCCUGCUUGGCUGCUCAGUGCAUCGACAGGGAGGGAGCGUCUGUCUUGGUCCACGGGACUGAAGGCACCGAUUCAACACUACAGGUAACCUCCCUGGCUCAGAUCAUUCUGGACCCCAGGUGCAGGACCAUACGCGGCUUUGAAGCUCUGGUCGAGAGGGAGUGGCUGCAGGCCGGCCACCCAUUUCAGCAGCGCUGUGCCCAAUCCGCCUACUCGAACAGCAAGCAGAAGUGGGAGGCCCCCGUUUUCCUGCUGUUCUUAGACUGUGUCUGGCAGAUCCUCCGCCAGUUCCCUUGCUCCUUUGAGUUCAACUACCACUUCCUCAUCACUCUUUUCGAACACUCGUACGCCUCCCAGUUCGGCACUUUUCUGGGCAACAAUGAAAACGAAAGGUGUAAGCUCAAGCUGCCCCAGAAGACGAUGUCCCUGUGGUCCUGGGUGAAUCGGCCAGAAGAGAUCAACAGGUUCAAGAACCCUCUCUUUGAGGCCAACAGCCUGGUCAUCUGGCCUUCCGUUGCCCCGCAGAGCCUGCAGCUCUGGGAAGGGGUCUUCCUCCGCUGGAACCGCUCGUCCAAGUUCUUGGAUGAAUCCUACGAAGAAAUGAUCAACAUCAUCAAGUACAACAAGGAACUCCAAGUGAAGGUGAACAUGCUGAGGCGGCAGCUGGCAGAGCUGGAGACGGAUGACGGCACACAGGAUGAUGGGAUGCCAGAGAGCCCUUGACGUCACGCCGUGCUCGUUGGGCCAGGUUGUCCCUCCUCUGUCGGGCAAGAGUCACCUCUACACACUAGAAAGCACUAAACACCCAAGACUUGCAUGCGCUCAAGCUCCUUUUGGUGCAGUCGAGUUGAACAUUUCCCCCCCCCUUCCUUUUUCCAUCUCAGUUCCUCACUUGACACUGUAGUCAUCGCCCUCUAUUUGGGAAGGUGGCAUUUCUUUUCUUCUUUUGUUUUGUUUACAGGAGAAAACUCUUGGUUUAAUUGAGCUGAUUGUCCCCUCCUCGGCCCCUCUGCCAUCUCUAAUAAAUUGUGUGUACAGUCCCAA